AUGGAGUUGAUCCCAGUUCUUAAGUAUCCAGUGGGUACUCGAGCUACAGUUCUGGUUCACAUAGACCAAUGUAUGGAUGAUCAUUUGUUUGGAACCGAAAUCCCUUUUGGAACUCCAAUUGCCUACCCAAAUGAGGGCGUGAUUGAGGAAGGCACAAUGACACUGUACAAUGUGCGAAGGACCGGAAUGAAGCUUCAUGAUGCUUGGGUCCUGUCUCCUGUUCCUGGCUUUCAACCCCUUAAGCAUAGAUCACCUGUUCCCGCCGAUCUAGGUUUUGUCCAUGAUACCUGCUGUGGCUUGGGCGGUUUUGCCACCGGUUUGGAUUUCUUGCACAAUGCCUGUGGUGUUCCGGGUCAGGUUGUCACUGCUGUUGACCUUUGUCCCUUGGCCAUGUCCGCCUAUUGUCGUAAUCACAAUGCCUUUCCGAUCUCUGGUGAUGUCUGUUCACAAGACACGAUAUUCCAGAUGCAUGCUCAGCAGAUCAAGGUGGGAGCACAACCACUGCUGGUCGGUGGCUUUCCAUGCCAACCACUGUCGCGACAGGGUGCUCAAAAAAGGCAGCUGGACGAACGAAGUCAGGUCCUAAAGGCUUUGCUGAGAGCGGCCUUUUGGCUCCAAGCUUCCGGAGUAUGUUUGGAAUGCGUCCCAGAAGCGAUUACCGAUGUAGGCACACAAGAAGCUUUGGCCGAAUUUGCCCAAUUGAUGAAUUUUUCCAUAAAGGUGCUACACCUCCAGCAUGUCUGGCCUGCACGUCGCUCAAGAUGGUUCGCAGUUCUGGUUCCGAACCUGCCUGGUUUCCAGUUCCCUCCGAUGCCAUGCCUGAGUCCAGCCCCGACCGUAGGAGACCUGAUUCCUUUCAAUUUGUGGCCAGUUUGGAAUGAUUGUGAUGAACAACAAUUGAAAUGGACUGACCUUGAAAGCCAAGUGUACAAGAACCCCAUUUAUGGAAACCCUGAUCGCCGUGUGGACUUGUCACAACCUCUGCCAACUGCCUUGCAUUCCUGGGGAUCUGCCCUGUACAAAUGCCCGUGCGGAUGCCGCCAACAGGGGUUUAGUCCAGGUGUUUUGAGAGCCAAGGGUCUGCGUGGGAUCGAGAUUUUGUCAGGUUUAUGGCCACAUUUAUCCAGACAUAUCCAUCCUAGGGAGCUGCAGUUUCUUCUUGGAUUUCCACCACUGCAGGAGAUUUUGUCGGAUUGCCGAGCACAACUGUGUCUUUAUGGGAAUUCCGUGUCCCCUGUUCAGGUGAUUUGGGUUUUGUCAACUUUGUAUCAAGGUCGGAACUUGUUGCAAGACAAGACUCCAAGCACAUGUCUUUGUGAAUACUUGCGAGCAAUUGUCGUGCAUAGGGACAUCACAUGGCCCAGUCCCUACCCAGGUACAGGCAUUGCAACUUUGGACUUUCAGGAAGGUAGUGUGCCAAUUACUUUUCAUACCAAGCAAACGGUAGGAGAUUUGAUCAAGGCCGAGUCAACCCUGAAUUUUGAUGCCAAAAAGCUUCGACUUUCAUGUCAAGGUUUGGAACUCCCAUCAUGGGCUUUCAUGCAGGAACGUAGGUACCAAGUGGACUUGACGGACUCCGAGGUGGAUUUUUCAGUGUCCCCCGUUCCAGUGUGCUUGGAACACUUGGGAGUCUGCAGGCUGUAUGUCGUUCCUGCCAGCUUCAAUGUUGGAAUGCUCUUGAAUUGGGUAGGUAUCCAGGGUUGCAAAGCGGUAGUCGACAACCAGCAGAAACCAAAGCAUCUCCAAAGUUUUUUCUCCCCUUGGAGUGUACUCACUGUGCAGUCUGAUCCGGACGAUGUGGAUUUUGAACUUUCUUUGAAGCUGGAAGGUUUCGGAUCCGAGCUUUCAUUGAGCGCGUUGGGUUUUUGCUGCACGGAAUCUUGGGGUGGAACCGGUUUGUGGCACGUCGACCAAAUGGUCAAGUCCAACCUUCUUGUUUCAUGGGCAGGUGCUGGUUUCCAUCCAUUGACAGUCUGGCUUCCUUCGUUUGCUGCUGCGGUUGUUGAACUUUGGCCGAGUGCAGUGGAAGAUUCUUUGCGAGCAUGGUUAUUGAAUCCUACCACUUGUUUGUUCGCGAUUGUCUUGGAAUCCUGGGGGUGGAAUCUUUUGAAGAUCACUACAACGACCCAUGAAUCCGUUGUGACUUUCUUUGAACCGGAGUGCCAAGUAUCCGUGUCUGCAGCACAUUUGGCUUUUCGUGCGCAUGCAGCUGGCGGCAGACAGAUCCAAACCGAUCAACAUGUGGUGCCAGGGACUGAGUUUGGUUUUCCAGGUACUCUUGAGAGAAUUUUUGCACUAUUGGACUUUGAAUUGGAUUUGCCUUGCUAUGUUGCGGCCAUCCUGCGACAGCACAGACACAGUGCAAUUUUGGACUUUCCCGAAGAUCCCAAAAGCACUUGUUCACCUACUCUAGAGUACGAAGCUAAUCAGGAACAACUGCCGAAACCUUUGACGCCUCAGACCCCCACAGAAACUGGCAUUGGACUUACUGCCAAGUUUUUACUGGAUUUUUCCAACGCUUGGAUUGUCAACCGCCCUUUGGACUUUCGGGCCGACCAGAUUAAGGUGGUAUGUGUGGGUUCAGAGCAGGAUUUGAAGGUUUUCUGUCACACUCGACCACUCCAUGUGACAUGUGCCCCUAUGUUCAUGUUUGUGUUGAUUGAGCGCCAUUGGACUUUUCUCAGUUGUUCCCUCCAACAAGACAGGCUGGAAUUGACUCUGUACGAUGGUCUUGCACACACCAGCAUACAUCAACUCACUCCGGUGAUCGACAGUUUGAAAACGGCCUGGAAUGUCGUCCGUGUCUCAGUGCAAACCACAUGGAGCAUACCACAGACCAGGCAGGAUUCAUGUGGCACCAUUGCAUUGGCUCACUUUGGACUUUCACUUGGACUUUUGACUCUUGAUCAGGCCAAUCAGUUUGAGUCUUUGCACGACAGUCUUGCGAUCUGUGGGAGCAUCGGCAGUGUUCACAGCCCGAGCGGAUGGGGAGCCGAAGAAAAUGCAGUGAUCAAAUCUCUCGAGCAGAUCCUUCCAGCGCAUGGCGUACCACCGGCUGAGGUGAAGAACAGAGCAUUGGCAGCCAUCAAGAUUUUUGGCAUUCCUGCAAUCACCAGAGCUCUGGGAGCCAAGAACACCUGGAUGUCUUUGAAGCAGUUAGGCAAUUCCAGACCUAAGCCUUUCAUGUGGGUGACACACGAUGAACUUCAGAACCACAUCCGCGAUCGCUCCCACCAUCAGUUUGGAAUUGAAUCUGACAGCAAAAAGGGCAAGCGAAGCAAGGAGUCCAAAAAACUUGCUCAACCAACCCAACUAGAUCCAGGCAGCCUGAUGCUUCCGGCAGGUGUUUUCGCUACCAAUGACGGUACCCCUCUUGCCCAAAUUGGACUUGCAGAAGUGCAGAAGAACGCACGAGGAAUUGCUUUUGGCACCUACCAAGAUGCCCAACCUUUUUUGGCAGAAGGAAAAUCCAUCUCUGCAGAAGGCCUAUCCAUCCUGAUUGUCGGAACAAUUCCUGAUGCUGCACCCCAGGGUCUGCCAUCUCAUGCACUGCGUGUUCCAGCCAUUUACCGAGGUACUAAUGAACCCAUCAUUCUCGAUGUCAUUUCGGUGCAGUUAGGAGACCAAGCAGUGUACCGUAAGAUUUGCCAAGAGGCGCCUGAGCUUGCAGUUUUCCCCACAGUGGUUUUUCGCCUUCAUGUUUUCAAAGACCUUUGGACUUUAUCGCAUGAUUGGGCUGAGCUAGCUGCACAUCCAGUCCGAUCCUUGGUGCAAUCUUUUCCUGUGUUGAAGCUGUGCCGUGUUCCUGACUGUGACUCUACGUGCGGUGCCUAUCAUCCAUCGAUUGAAGAGACAGGAGUUGAAUCAGGACUCAUCGAUGUUUGGGCUUUUCGAUGGAUGAAAACAGAUGGGUCUAAAGCCACUCCAGUCACUGCAGAUGUUCUGUCGGUUUAUUUCCGUGUGCCAGAGUCCUCUUUUGCGUGCCUUCACAGUGCUUCAGGGACAGACGGGGUUUUCUUCGAGCCACGAUGCCAAGACUCUCCUGGUGCAGACCCAGCGUUUUCAGUUGUGUGGAUUCCACAAGCUACCAUGCAGGACAUCAUGCACAAGGUCAAAACACAUGACCUCUGCCUUGCAGCAUGCCGCAUAGGAACCAAGUAUGGAGUCCGAUGCCAAACUAAACAUCACGAAGAAGUGCAUAAUGACUUGCGGCCACAAGUCCCUUUUGUCCAUUGUGCAAUUAAGGAGGUGUAUAGACUUGAGCCAUUGCCAGUAGGAACUCAGCGUCAGUCAUUGUCGGACACCCUGCAGUCCGUCAAUUGGAAGGCCAAGCCCCUGCAGCCAUGCAAAGGCCCCCAAGGCAAAGCAUGGACGGUCGGGGCAGAAACCCCUCCGCCCAGCCAGUUCAUCCAAGCCAAACAUGGAUGGAUUAGCAUUGCAAAGGUUAAGGAUCAGGUGCAAUCAAAUCCAGCCCAACAUCUGAUUGCCACUGCCAAGACAAAGCAGCACAUUGGCUCUGUUCGCCCUGCUCCAUCCACAGCACAGCCAGUCGACCCUUGGACUUCCGGUCGUGACCCUUGGGGAGGUUACCAAGCCGUCUCCGUUAAAGCACCAGCACCACCAUCGCAGCAUGUCCAGCAAAAAUUUGAGGAUGUGGAACAGCGUUUGCAGGACCACAUCAAGACCACCAUUGCUCAGGGACUGCAAGACAAUGACACAAGCUGUCGAGUCCAACAUGUGGAGCAGCAAAUCCAGUCCAUCAUCGAACACCAGACCAGACUUGAGCACUGGGUGUCAGAAGGGGGUAGUAAGGUCACGGUUUUGCAGCAAGAUUGCCACCAACUGCAGCAGGCAGUAGAGCAAUGCCACAAUCGCAUCGGCGAGCAAGGGAGUGUCAUCACACAAGCCACCGUUCCUGGGCCAACUUCCUUCGAAGAGCCAUCCUGGACUUUGCCUGGAAAACCUGCAUUCGUCAUUGGUACCGGAAAUCCUUCCGGCAUCAAUAACAAGCUGCACACCUUGGAGAGUUUCCCUUUGGGUUGGUUCCAUUUGUCGGAGACACAUGCUUCACGUUCCCAACAAAGCAUGGUGCAAAGUCAUCUUCGUGCGGUUUCAGCACGUCAGAAUCGCAACAUCCGAUGUUGUGUGGGCGCCCCAGCUCCAUUACGACCAGGAUCACAACAUGCAGGGUCGUGGACGGGAGUCCUCAACUUUGGAGAUUGCCAUCUUCGCCAGGUGCCAUCCUUUUGGCCUGCCGGAGAGUACCAUAGUGGCAGGGUAAUGCUCACAGUGGCUCAUAUUGGCAAUUUGCAGAUCACAUCUGCUACAGUGUACUGCCCAGCCAAAGGUCCAUCUUUUGCACAGGCCACCGAAUUGGCAGAAUCUUUGUUAGAGCCAGUCACAGAGGCUUUAGUUUUCGGGCGUGCUGGGGCCAGGAUCAUCUGUGGCGACUUCAAUGCCCCUGCAGGCAGUCUGCGUCAGAUGCAGCUUUGGAAAGCACAAGGAUGGGUGAAACUUCAGGACUUGAUGCAUGGUCUUCACUCCAUCACUCCAAGGCCAACUUGUAAAGGAGCCACAGCGCCUGACCAAAUAUGGUGUUCCCCCGAAAUCAUUCCAUGGAUUUCCAAUGUAGGGCUGUGGCAACUGUACCCUGACCAUGAUGUUUUGCUUGCGGGCCUGCGUUUGCCAUCUUUGCCUCGGGUUUCCAUGCAAUGGCAUCUGCCUGGUCAUAUCCCUUGGAAUCAUGUUUCUAUGGAACAAUGGACUUCGAAUCAAACUGCUGGCUCUGUGUUCCCUGUCAGUGUGUGGCCUGCGGGCGGCCUACAUCUGUCUGAGCCUUCUGAUUCUGUUGACUUGCGUUCCUUGGACUCCACCAGUGCCUUUCAGGCAUGGAGUAGUCGUUUUGAAAUGGCCACAUCAGUUUGCAUGAUCCAUCCAACAGCACAAGCUGAUCACAGUUUUUAUGGCCGAGGUAGGAUGACACGCCCAAAAAUGAGAAAGUGCAAUCAUGCUGUUCCGAAGCAUAGUCGGCCAGGUGAAACCCAGCAGGUGUGUGGAUUUUUGAACCGUGCGGUUGGUCGGUGGUUCAAACAGCUGAGAAGGAUGCAAUCUUACAUGCAUGCUGUGAAGUCGGCCAAUGUUGAAUCAAAUUUCAGGUCACGUGCAGCCCUUUGGAAUAGCAUUCUUCAUGCGGCGGGUUUUGAGAAAGGUUUCGAGUCAUGGUGGUCAUCAAGACCGGUGCAACUGCAGGGGACCCCUGGGGCCAUUCCCAAGUACCCACCAGAUGUGGUCAUCGCAGGGCUUUUGUAUGAUGACUUUCAUCACAAUUACAGACGUUUUGAAAGUUGGCAACUGCAAAAGCGCCGCUUGAGCUGCCAAUCGAAAAUGAUGGCAUCAACCAAAGGCCUGUUCGCUGUGGUUCGAAAACCAGCCAAAGACACUUUGGAUUGCCUGGAAGACAAGUUUUCUCAAGCCAUUUCUUUGGUCGACCCACAGGCAGGCAUUGUACAAGUGCCAGAGCCCUUUCCCGAUGAAAAUGUGACGUACUGGACUUUGCAAGAUCAGCCUGUUGUGGUUCGGCCUCAUCCAGAUGGGUAUCAUGUGGAAUCUGAUUACCUUUUGGCUGAAAAUCAGAUACUUACAUGCCAUGUUGCAGUCCACGACACUGCUACCAUCCAUAAUCGGCUGAUUGAUUUGUGGUCCCCUAGAUGGAAUAAACAUAGGGAGGUACCAACCAGCCAUUGGCAGCAAAUUGUGGACUUUGCACGCGAGCACAUGCAGUUUGAAGCCUUUGAUUUGCCGCCUAUCACUACCCAAGACUUCCGGCGUGCCAUCAGUGCUUUCAAAACCAAUGCUGCUACAGGCCCUUGUGGAUGGGCUUUGCAAGAUUUGCGGCACAUGAAUGAUGGACAGGUAGCUGCGGUUGUCGACUUCUAUGCAGCCAUUGAAUCAGGGGCACCAUGGCCAGCUCAGUGGUGCAUUGGUCUUAUCCACUGCCUGCAAAAGCGUGUCACCAGCAGCACAGUUGAUGGAUUUCGACCCAUAACAGUGACUAGUCUGUUCUACCGUGUUUUUGCGGGCAUUAGGUCGGGCCAGAUCCUUGCACAACUUUCCACUCGUGCGGCCAAGUUCCAGUGUGGUUUUGUCAAAGGCCGUCAAUCUGCAGAUGUGUGGUACUUUGUCGGUGUCUGUCUUGAACUUGCUUUGCAGCAAUCCACACCUUUGUUUGGCGCCGUGGCUGACAUUGUGAAAGCAUACAACGCACUUCCCAGGUGCCCUGCUUUUGAAUUUUUGCGUCUUUUAGGUGUGCCACCAUGGUUUCUUGGAGUUUGGUCGGAUCAUCUCAGUCACUUUACUCGGUAUUUCGUUGUCAAUGGUGAAACCAGCCCGGCUGUUCAAGCAUGUACUGGAUUUCCGGAAGGAUGCCCUCUCUCAUGUGCGGCCAUGACAGCUGUCGACACAGCAUGGCACUGGUGGCAGCAGAUUGCUUCACCUCAUCCACUUAGCCUGAGCUAUGUUGGCAAUCUGGAGUUUCUUGGUGUCUCAGCUAGCAUCAUCCACGAUGCAGUGCAAACCCUUCUUUUCUUUUGUUCACACUUGGACUUGGAUUUGGGCUUGUCAGCUCUGUAUGCUUGGUCUUCCAGUGCGUCAGGUCGAAGGGAACUUAAAAAUAUGGGGUAUAAUGUUAGUUUGGGAGCCAGGGAUCUUGGAGGUCAGGUCACAUACUGCCGGCAGUUGCGCAAUCGAGUCCUCACUGACAGAAUCGCUAGCAUCAAGCCAUUUUUUGGGAAGUUACGUAAUGCAAAGCUUCCAGUUCAGGCGAAGCUUCUCAAUCUGCGACAGGUGCUGUGGCCAAGAGCACUUCAUGGAUGUGAGGCAGUGAUUGUUGGGAUCAACCAUGUCAAUUCGAUGCGUUCUGGGGCCAUGCAAGCUGUCAACUGGAACAGAGGAGGGGCCUCACCAUGGGUGCGGUUUGGGCUUCUCCACACCAGUUCUGACCCUGCAUGGUUCCAACUCUGGAGAGUGGUGCAGACCUUUCGUAGACAAUACAAGGGUAACCCGGUGAUAGCUGACUUUUGGAAAAUUUUCUGUGAGACUCAGCACAGUGUCUCAUAUGGACCUUUUGGCAAACUGUUGGACACCUUGCAACAAGUAGGAUUGCACAUAGAUGAAUCUGCUUGCAUUUGGUUUUCUCAGCGAGGUAAACUGGAUUUGACGACAUGCUCUGACGAGCAGUUGGAGCAAAUUCUUUCUUUUUGCUUUCGCCGAGCCGUGACCAGACAGGUACAACAGCGAGAAGGCUUCAAAGACUUAACUGGCUUUGAUUAUGCACUGACUACAGGCUGCGACAAGCACUAUCAGCCAGCACAAGUUGAACAACUGAAUGUUGUCCGUGAUGGCAGCUUUUUCACAAAUCAGUAUUGUGGAAAAUAUGACGCAGGCAAGUCCACCCUUUGCAGAAGUUGCGGAGUUCUGGACAGCCGUGAACAUAGAUACACAGCCUUACCAGAUUUGGCUCAUACAUAUGAGCAGCAGCCUUUUGGACGCACAUGGCAUCUGUUUACUGACGGCACAUGUGCCUCCCCGACAGACCGAGACUCUGCCCUGGCGGCAUGGUCAGUCGUGUGGGCUGAGCACGGUACCAUUUCUUGUGGAUACUUGCCAGGAAUCCAACAAACCAUAUCCCGAGCAGAGACCACUGCGGUUUUGAGUGCUUUGGGAUGGGUGCAGCAACGAGAAGGUGUUUUGCACAUUUGGGUCGAUUCGCAAUCAGUGCUUGAUUGUUUUCGAGACCUCCUUCGCGGAACUGGAGAAGUGUCGAACUACGAACAUUCAGACCUUUGGAGGAAGAUUGAGACUUUGCUGAAAGUCACGAGAGCAGAAAUCAUCCCACACAAAGUUGUUAGCCAUCUGCCUCUUGAAGAAUGCACCGGCCCUUUGGAGGAAUGGACAAGACAAUGGAAUGCAGCAGCCGACACACAGGCUGACCUUGCCAACAUGAUCAGACCACAGUUUUUCACUCGUGUCUGGAGCAGGUUUCAGAAGUAUCGGAAAGACUGGAAGCGACGCAUUGAGCUUCUAACUAGCUUUCAUGCUGCUGUGGCAGCUUACGAUUGUACAGGCGAGACAACUGAGUCUUAUGAAGACGAUCAAGGAUUCGAGGUUAGUUUGUUGGAGAUCUUCAUUGCCUUUCGUGUUUUCCGUGGGGGUUCUCCCCUCUGUGUUGAGGACUCUCCAGGAGUUUGUGGGCAACAGGCCCAUUACAAAUUGUCAGGGCUUUUCCCGCCCCUGGCGAAUUUAGAUUAG